AUGCCAUCCAUUCUUCUGCUCUUGGCUUUUCUGUUGGUGCAGCCAUCCAUACUUCACUUUACCGAAUCCUCCAACAACUUUACGGAUCACUCAGCUCUCAUUGCCUUCAAAUCUAGAAUCACUUUUGGUCCAAAUGAUACCAUCUUCUCUGCUGGUAACUGGUCCACAACAACAAACUUCUGUGACUGGUUCGGGGUCUCUUGCAGCCGACGCAGACAAAGAGUCACAGCCUUGAACCUUUCCUUCGUUGGUCUCCAAGGCACCAUUUCCCCUCAAAUUGGUAACCUCUCAUUCCUUGUCUCACUUGAUCUUACUAACAAUAGCUUCUAUGGUUUUCUGCCGCUUGAGAUCUGUCGUUUACACCGUUUGAGGAAACUUCUCUUGCCAAACAACCUAUUGGAAGGUAGAAUUCCUCCAACUAUACAUUAUUGUCAGAAGCUUGAAAUGUUAGAUUUAUCAGGAAACAAGUUAAAUGGGAGCAUACCUAAAGAUUUGGGCAUGUUACCAAUGCUUCGCAAAUUAGACCUUAGUAUAAACCAUCUAGGAGGUACAAUUCCAUCGUCAUUCAGCAAUAUGUCGUCAUUAGAGAUACUGGCUUUGGAAUUCAAUAGUCUCACUGGUCCAUUUCCUCUUGUCAUCUCCAACUUGUCUUCUCUAAUAAUUAUUGCUAUUUCAGAAAAUCACUUCUCAGGAACCCUUCCAAUGGACAUUUGUGGCCACUGUCCUAAUCUUGAAGGACUGCAUACUAAUCACAACGAAUUCAGUGGUAAGCUCACCUCACAGUUUAAUAAUUGUAUCGAGCUUUCAGUCUUAUCUGUGUCAUACAAUAGGUUUGAUGGAAGUAUUCCAAAAGGUUUAGGGAGUCUAGAAAAGCUUGAACUGCUAUUUCUUGCUUAUAACAACUUGAAUGGAAAUAUACCUCCUACCAUAAGCAACUUGUCGAUGUUACAACAAUUUGGCAUUGCACAUAACAACAUUGAAGGAAGCAUUCCAAGUGAUUUAUCGCAUCUCCAAAAUCUGAAUUUACUGAAUUUUCAGCACAAUGCUCUCACAGGGAUACCUCAAGAUAUUUUCAAUAUUACCUCUCUACAAGUGCUUGCCUUGGUGGGAAAUUCCUUGUCCGGAAAUCUUCCACUUGAUACUUGGAUCUCUUGUCCAAAUAUUGAAUUUCUGUUACUUGAUUACAACAAAAUUAGUGGUCCUAUCCCAUCAUAUUUUUCAAAUUGUUCCAGACUCAUCCAAAUAGAUUUUGGUAAAAACUUAUUCUCCGGACCAAUACCCAAAAGUUUUGGAGACUUAAAAUAUCUCAAAGCGCUUGGUUUUAAUGAUAAUCAGCUAACAGAGGAUCCUGGACAUCAAGAGUAUAAUUUCCUUUCAACUUUAACUGGUUGUAGUUCUUUGGAAACACUAUCCAUAUCCCUCAAUCCCUUGAAUAUUAAAAUUCCGGAUGCCAUUGGAAAUUUUUCAAUUUCGUUGGAAGUCAUUGAUGCAGGUUAUAGCGAAAUAAAGGGUCAUAUUCCAAUGGGAAUUGGUUCCUUGAAAAACUUGAAUUGGAUUGAAUUGAGGGGUAAUAGUUUGUCCGGCAACAUACCAUCAACAAUUGGGGGUUUGGAGAGCUUGCAAAGAUUACAUCUUGAGGAUAACAAGAUUGAGGGAUUCAUUCCAGAACAACUUUGUCAGUUAAAGAACUUGGGAGAAUUGUUUUUAUCAAAUAACAAAAUCUCUGGAUUCAUCCCAAAUUGCAUUGGAAACCUCAAUCUUUUACAAAGAUUAAACCUGAGUCAUAAUGGACUGACAUCAUCAAUCCCAUUGAAUGUAUGGAGCCUUGAAGAUCUGCUAUUCUUGGAUUUGUCAUCAAAUUCCCUGGGUGGAUCUUUGUCUCCAAACGUGACAAAAUUAGCUGCUAUUGAGCAUGUGGAUUUAUCUUGUAACCAAAUUACUGGAAAUGUUCCAAGUAUAAUUGGUACUUUUGAAAGCCUUGGUUAUCUUAAUUUGUCAAUGAACUCAUUUCAAGGAGACAUUCCACAAUCUUUUGGACAAUUGAAAGGAUUGGAUAAGUUGGACCUUUCAAACAAUAAUCUCUCUGGUACAAUUCCUAAGUCUCUUGAGGCACUUACAUAUCUCAAGUAUUUGAAUUUGUCAUUCAAUAAGCUAUUAGGAGAGAUUCCAUCUGAUGGACCUUUUGCAAACUUUAAGGCAGAAUCGUUUUUAGGUAAUAAAGCACUUUGUGGCAAUUCAAAUUUUGGAGUUCCACCUUGCACGAGACUGAGCUCUCCUCGAGUAUCAAGACUAAAACAAAUUUUGCUAAGAUAUAUUAUUCCUGCCAUUGCAUCAAUUAUAAUCUUUGUAACAUUGGUCUUUAUGCUGAAAAGGCAUCCACAAUGUGAAAUGAAAAUUCCAGGUUUGCCGAUCACAUUGCUUGCAGUAGAUCAUAGAAUGAUAUCAUAUCAAGAGCUUUGUCGUGGGACAAACAACUUUUGUGAAAGCAACUUGCUUGGAACCGGAGGUUUUAGUUCUGUGUACAAAGGGAUACUUUUUGAUGGAACAAUUGUUGCUGUCAAAGUUCUAAACCUACAAAUGGAGGGUGCUUUCAAAAGUUUUGAUGUUGAAUGUAAGGUGUUAAGGGCAAUCAGACAUAGGAAUUUGGUUAAAGUUAUUAGUACAUGCUCAAACCUUGAGUUUAGAGCUCUUGUGCUACAAUACAUGUCAAAUGGUAGCCUUGAAAAGUGGUUAUACUCUCACAACUACUGCUUGAAUCUUGUUCAAAGAGUAAACAUUAUGGUUGAAGUUGCAUUUGCCUUGGAAUAUCUCCACAAUGGUCAAGCAACAUCUGUGGUACAUUGUGAUUUAAAGCCUACUAAUAUUCUUUUGGAUGAGGACAUGGUUGCACAUGUGGGUGACUUUGGAAUUGCAAAGAUUUUAGUCGAAAACAAGGAUGCAACACAAACUAAAACCCUUGGUACACUUGGCUACAUCGCACCAGAGUAUGGUUCUGAAGGGAGAGUUUCUACCAAAUGUGACAUUUAUAGUUAUGGGAUAAUAUUAUUGGAGACGGUCACAAGAAAAAAACCCACUGAUGAAAUGUUUGUUGGAGAACUUGGGAUGAGGCAAUGGAUUUCAUCACUUCCUGACAGAAUGGAUGUUGUGGACCAUGGUUUAACUAGGAAUGAAGAUGGAAGAGAUGCAACUGAAAUGCAAGCUAUUCUUUCAUCUAUCUUAGAAUUAGGCUUGAGGUGCUCUGAAGAUUUACCAGAUGCAAGACCUGACAUCAAAGAUGUGGUGACCAAGAUUAAUAAGAUCAAACUGGCACUUCAUGGAAACAGAAGUACUAGAGGUAUCUGAUAUCUGUGUUAUUGCUCAAGUUUCGCAUGUGUGCACAUGUAGCUACGUCGAUAUAGCUUGCUUUCCCGUUUGUCUUAUUUAUUUUCUAUGGUGUAAUUUCAUGACCCUGGUUUAUUCAAUCCCUAUGAUCUAAGCCACUAGGUAUGUUAUAUGUUGAUCAUGUCGUUUUUUAUUUGUUGAUAGCCAAACGUGAAAUUCAUUCUUAUAAUCUUGUCAU